AAGUGGAUGGAAUAUCUGGGAGAGGACAAUGAUCGGGAAAUCUUACUUCCUCCUGUCACUUCUCCAAGUUGGACUGUCACAAGAGUGGAAAGGUGACACUCCACGAGAGGUGACAGCGCAGGAAGGUUCGUGUGUACAGAUUCCAUGUCAUUACAGUUAUCCAUCGUGUCUGGAAAACCAACCACGAGGUGGAGUCUGGUUUAAUAACGGGAAAGCGGGAACAUCUUCUAUAGCCUUUCACUCCAAGGAUCACAAUCGCGAGUUACCACGGUUCCACAAUCGGACCCGGCUGUCUGGAGUCCUGAAAGAUAGUGAUUGUUCCCUGAUUAUAAACAACAUCAGACGGGAAGAUGCAGGACCUUAUUUUUUCAGAAUAGAAUUUGACAGCAGUAAUAGUUACAGCUACUAUCCUGUAACCCAGCUUCACGUUUCUGAUUUCACAGAUAAACCCACGAUAUUCCCUGCUGAAAUUAUUGCAGGAAAGCGUGUGGAUGUAAGCUGCACCCUCAACACAACGUGCAAUGGAACAGCAGCACCUGUCUUAACCUGGGACACUCCCACUGACGUACCUGGAUCAGUCUCAAACACUGUAACUCAGCAUGGUAUCACUCUGACCUAUACUUCUGUUCUGACCCUAAUCCCAUUACUCAAACACCACGGACACAAUCUCAGCUGCAGAGUGAGAUAUCCAUCUGUUUCAUCGGAGCGGACCCUCGUACUAACUGUGCAAGACAGUGGAGGAGAGAUUCUGCACGUGAUCCAGAUCCUGGGAAUACGAGCUGUGAUAUUCCUUGUGGCUGUGGUUAUCACUAUCGCUGGAGUCUGUGUCUGGGAGGGACAAACAGUGAAAGGAAGUCGACAGACUGUUUGAAGCUUUGUACAGCAACAAUCUGCACAAACAGCAAUUUCCAAGCGGACUCCCAUCAGCAGACAGAGUGCAAUGAAACAUCGGCAUGCCUGCUUCUUAAUGUACGGAGAGAAACCUGGAACGAGAGAUUCUCCUUCUUCUCCUCAGCAAGCUGA